UCAGGUUUCGUCAUCAGGAGGCGGAAGUGCCGCGGGGGCGGGAAGGUUGUAGAGCCUCACGUUGGGCUAGGUUUGCCGGUCUUUAAGUGGUCGCGCCCCCUUGGAGAGGGCGAUCCGACGGGGAGGCCGUCCUGGGCGCACGCGUAUCCCCGCCCCUGCCCAGCCUGCGCUCCACGCCUGCCUGCAGGGAGCCUUCUGUGGUGCGGGUCCAGCCCUUUCACAUCCCUGAUUGACGUUGACCUUCACCCGAUGCGCCCUCCUAACCGGGCUUCAGCCGCAGGAGACACCUAACCAUGGUGAUUGUGAAGUGCUGAGCAAUUGCCACUGAACAUAGUUGAAACAGAAAAUAGGAAGAUGGCAGCAAACUCUUCAGGACAAGGUUUUCAAAACAAAAAUAGAGUUGCAAUCUUGGCCGAACUGGACAAAGAGAAAAGAAAACUACUAAUGCAGAACCAAUCUUCAACAAAUCAUCCUGGAGCUAGCAUUGCACUUUCGAGACCUGCCCUUAAUAAGGACUUCCGGGAUCAUGCUGAGCAGCAGCAUAUUGCCGCCCAACAGAAGGCAGCUUUGCAGCAUGCACAUGCACAUUCAUCUGGAUACUUCAUAACUCAAGACUCCGCAUUUGGGAAUCUUAUUCUUCCUGUUUUACCUCGCCUGGACCCAGAAUGAAGAAAUUAUUUGUAAUGAAAUUGACUUUGUAACAUCAAAUGCCAAAGCUACUAUUGUUCAGUGCUAUACAAGCUGUGACUUGUAGAAUUUGGUGAACUUAUAUAUAUUGCUUCUUUAAAAGAAAGGUAUGUGCAAAUGAAAGGAAAAAAGGGUUAACCAGGAUGAUGAGAGCUUUGGAAGCUGUAUUUGAAGGCUGAUUAUGUAUUUGAAGACGUGACUGUAACUUAUUUGUAAUGCAGUUUGAUUUCAGGGCUAAAUCAUACUGAAUUAUAUGGUCACAUACACUCACUCCUCCAGCUCCUGACUAGUUGGACUGGGUACACCAUGCCCACAAUAGACUUUUAAGAACCAUUUAUAUAGUACUUUAAAGAAAUGAGGGUGCUUUUUAAAAAUGUGAACCAAAAGGCUUAAAUAAGUUACAUUCAUAUUUGCUGUUUAUAGAGUUGAUAUCAGUGUACCUUUUGAAUUUAUAGUCAACAUAUCAUCCUGAAAUAAUACUCUUUAACUCAUAACUAGUUUCCUUGUUCUGAACUUUAAAAGAAAAACCCAAGACUAAUGUACUAGUCAGUCUGACAAAUCAUUUAUAAACCUAUA